GGGGCCUCUGAUUACAGGCGGAGAUGUUUCAUAGGUGGUAGUUCAGGAGAGGUCUGGACUGGAGAAGGAAGUUUGGAGGUCCUGAGCCUGUGAAUGGUAUUGAGAGCCAGGAAACUGGAUGAGUUCCUAUAGGGAAUGAAGAUAACUGCAAAAGAAAGUGUUUCUGGGCCUAAGCUCAGGCUGCUCCUGAGAGCAGAGGGGAAGAAAAGCUAGGAGGAGAGAAGAGGUUCUUUCCGGAUGUGUUGGGAGUGAGGUGCUUGGCAGACUUUUCUAGGGGUACUGAGCAGGUAGGUAGGAGUCUGGCAGUCAGAGGAGAGGUUAGGGUAGAAGAUGUAAAUUCACAUCAUCUUAAAGAUGUUUCAAGCACUGGUGCUGGAUGAGGGGUGCCCUAGGAAGGGUAGGAAUGAAGAAGUGGGGUCAAAGGACUCAUUCCAGGUCACCCCAGACUUUAAAGUUGGCAAAAGUGAGGCUAAUUGAGCAAAGGAGGUUGCAGUAGGACAGCUGAUGACGUGGGGUACCACCCUGCAAGCUAGCAGAGGCUGGGAGUGGGAAAAGAGCCACCCUGUGAAAUGCUGCUGUGGGACACCAAUCUGGUAACAGUAGAGGCAUCAUGGACCGAUCUAAAGAAAACUGCAUUGCAGGGCCUCUUAAGAAGGCAGUGGGCUUUGGAAGAUUUUGAAAUUGGUCGUCCACUGGGUAAAGGAAAGUUUGGUAAUGUUUACUUGGCAAGAGAAAAGCAAAGCAAGUUUAUCCUGGCUCUUAAAGUAUUAUUUAAAGCUCAACUGGAGAAAGCAGGAGUUGAGCAUCAGCUGAGAAGAGAAGUAGAAAUACAGUCCCACCUUAGGCAUCCAAAUAUUCUCAGACUGUAUGGUUAUUUCCAUGAUGCCACCAGAGUUUACCUAAUUCUAGAGUAUGCACCUCUCGGAGCUGUCUACAGAGAACUUCAGAAACUGUCAAAGUUUGAUGAGCAGAGAACUGCUACUUAUAUCACAGAGUUGGCAGAUGCCCUGUCCUACUGUCACUCAAAGAGAGUCAUUCAUAGAGACAUUAAGCCAGAGAACCUACUCCUUGGAUCGGCUGGAGAGCUUAAGAUUGCAGAUUUUGGGUGGUCAGUACAUGCUCCAUCCUCCAGGAGAACCACCCUCUGUGGCACCCUGGAUUACUUGCCCCCAGAGAUGAUUGAAGGCCGAAUGCAUGAUGAGAAGGUGGAUCUCUGGAGCCUUGGGGUUCUUUGCUAUGAAUUUCUAGUUGGAAAGCCGCCUUUUGAGGCAAGCACAUACCAAGAGACCUACAAAAGAAUAUCGCGGGUUGAGUUCACAUUCCCUGACUUCGUGCCGGAGGGAGCCAGGGACCUCAUUUCAAGACUGUUGAAACAUAAUCCCAGCCAAAGGCCAACUCUCAAAGAAGUACUUGAGCACCCCUGGAUCACAGCAAAUUCAUCAAAACCAUCAAGUAGCCAAAAAAGCAAAGAAUCAACUAGCAAACACUCUUAAGAAUGGUGCAGGGGGAGGAAUCUGAGAGGCAGGGCUGCUGUAUGGUGUCAGGAACAGGCCUGCCCGUGCCCGAGGGCGCUGCCUCGGCCUCCCCACCCAAGAGUCCCCUUCAGUGAACACUGUGCUCUGGAGUGAAGGUAGCCACAGGAAGUGUGGCUAUGUCACUAGCUUCACGAUCCAGAGCCGAGGUCCACCUGGAGCCUCCCCACAGCCUGGUACGAGUGAGGCCUCCUGGUGGAGGGAGGACAGGCUCGGGGUCUGACUGUGGGGAGAGUGGCCACAUCACUGUGACUCAUCAGUGACAGAGGCGUGCAAUAACCUUCCAAGUACCUUCGUGUGUGUGUAACUUAUUGGGUGGCCAAGCCUGGGAAAGCUGUCAGGAUGAACAUGUGAUUCUUUCUUUUAAAUGUUAAAAUAAAGAUUUUUGUAUAGACUUUUACCUUUCUUUCCAUGGCAUCCCUUUAGGACUGUGCUCCAUGUCCCACACCUCUGCCUGGCUAGUGAGUCCUCCUCAUCUCCUCCGAGACUGAAAUAGAAACAUGUGCUCUACCUUCAUCUUGGGGCUGGCUAGAUUAGACCUGUCGCAGCUCCUUCUAAAUGUUAAAGGGCUUAUUAUUUCAUGGUUUUGAGGUUUUAGUUUUUGUAAAGCACAUUAAGUCACCUAUAAAAUGAUUAUAAUUAAAGUUCUCCUGUGUCUAA